AUAAAAAUAAAAAUGUAACGUUCCCUUACCUGCUCCGAGUCCUCUUCAAUGACACGCUCUGAGUAGUGUUGCUGCUGCUGUUGUUUAGGUUCGACACCGAGGUUCGUUUUCUGAUCCUUCUCCCGAACCUCAGCUAUGGGGUGCUUCUUCGCUUGCUUCAGAGCUCGCGACUCCGCCACCGCCACAACCACCACAGUGCCUUCUUCUCGUUCUGGCAAACACAAACCCGACGAUGUUGCUGUCUCCCGAAAUCAGUUAUCCACUUUGUUUCUCUGUGAAGAGAGAGAAGGCUCUGUUGUGCGUGAUGAUGUGAAGGAUUUUGAAGUGCGAUCUCAGAAAGGUGACUGUGAGGCCAAGUUUCUCAAAGCUGAGGCUAGGAUCCCUUUUGAGAAAGUCCACCAUGAGAGUCGACCUUUCAAUCCCUCAACUCCUGUAAAAUGUUAUGAGGAUGGGGAGAAGCGAACUAAUUAUUUUGAGCAAACGCCAAGCAGCUGUAUCUCCAAUGCACAAAGCAGUCAAUGUGCCUCCCUCGAUUCUACGGAAGGAAAUAGAACAGGGAGUCUUUACAGUUUGGAUAAGAAUGAAAAUACAGCUUCUGUUUCACCUUGGCCAUCAACCACAUACACUAAGAGAAACAAGUCUGUACGUUUUGAAUGUGAGGCUGAUUUAUCCUGUGACUUGUCUGAUUAUGGCAGACCACAAAUGAAGAAAAUAGAUUCCACAAACAAUGAGAGUGCCUAUAAGCCAUCACCUUAUCCCACCCCAAUGAAGCUAUCUGACGAGAUGCAAACUCCUGGAACUGUUUACCCUACAACAAAAGAAGACUUGCCAAAUGUUAGGCCUAGACUUAAGUCCCAGUUUGUGUAUCCUAUUAACAACCCUGAUGAUGAAGUUUCUCAGAAGAUAAUUGAGGAAGAUGGUCAUACCCAAGAUUCAAGGAAGCUGAGUGAAUCAGUUGAACGUUCUGAAAUUACAACUUUAACACCAGAUAAAGGGUUAAAGAAAAUUUCUUGUGAAGAUGAAUCUAAGGAGGAGGAAAGCUUAUCUUCUUGGUUGAAGCCUGCCGCCGUCAUUCUGGAAGAGAGAAACAGGAGAAUGCAGAUUGCUUAUAAUCAUGUCCGGAAAUCACCUGCCGAUAGACCUAUCAUUGGGAUGGUUGCAGCUCACUGGAACGAGAAUGAGGAUUCUCAAGCUCCUCCUCCUAAGUGGUGGGAUGGUAACGGCAUACCAAAUUCUACCAAUAAGUAUAAAGAAGAUCAGAAAGUGAAUUGGCAUGCAACGCCAUUUGAAGAGAGGUUGGAAAAGGCAUUAUCUGAGGAGAGUGUCAUUACUCAAAGGAAGGAUGCAUGUGGAAAAUCAAUGCCUUUUGACGAGAACGAAGAAAGUGAUACUGCACUAUCUCAGCUGCAAUCUUCAACUCACCCACAGUCCGUGGUGUCAUUCUGAUGUGUCUACUGUCCAUACCUGCUGUAUUUGUCUGGUUUAAAGAGAUAUUGUGGCAAUUAUGGAAACAGAGUCUGAAUCCACCACGUUCAACAUGAUGAUUGCUUGGAACAAACAGUGGAUUAUUCAAAUUUUGUGGUAAUUAGAACUAUCAAGUCGUGCGUUACACAACUUGUAUUGUAUAUAAUGGGAAUCAUUGCGUAAAAUAAUGGCUAUUGGGAGUCUAGUAAUGAACUUUUUUUCGUUAAA